AAUUGCAAAUACAAAGCAUCUCCUGAAUCGUAAUACCCUAUCUCUUGUAUCUCCCUCUCGCAUCCCUGCCUCGUCCCAGCCAACCGUGGGUGAGCCUUCUCCACUGCCUAUCGCCUUCAUCGAGUGUCCGUCGUUGACUAUUAUACAGUGACUAUUGCAUAAUCUGGAAGAGAAAAGAGUAAAAGAAUGGGGAAAUUAGGGAAGAAAGCGAGGAAGUUUGCAAAGAAGAAUCUUCAGUCUGUAUUGAAAAGGAAGCGAAAAACGAAGGCUUUAUUCAAAAAAAAAUUCUCAAAAGAUGAGCAGAAUGAUGUUGAGGAACAAGAGGAUAAUGUUUCAAGGCUUUCUAAUGGAAGAAUCACGGUCACAGAUAACGUUGAAGAUGCUUGUAUUGAUGCUGUGUUUGCUGAAGAUGACAGGGAUGAGGAUGAAGAUGGUUCAGAUAGUGAUGGUUACCUUUCAGAGGACUCAAGUUCUCCAUCUGUUGCAAUAAAUGAGACUGAGAAUAUUAUAGAAGAAGAAAAUGCCAGUAGUGCCUAUGUGGCACUGAAUAAGAAUAUUCAUGCAGAUCUGGUCAUGAAAAAGAAAAAAUUGGAUAGGCUAAAGAAGGAUCCAGAAUUCAGCAAGUUCCUCGAAAGCUACUAUGGAUCAAUUCAAAUUGAGGAGACGGAUAGUGUCAACGUAUUGAGUAGCUUACAUUCUCCUGCUAACCAGGCUACUGUCAGUUUAUGGGCAACAAGUGCAGAGGUUCUAUCAUCUGCUUCCUUCCUUAUCAUAAAGGAUGUGGCUACAAUGUUUGGUUCAAAUCACUGGAACACCUGCUUAUCAAAAAUUUCUGUGGCCUAUCUUGCUCGGAGUAGAGUAUCAGAAAUUGUGGACGCUAAACGCUUACAGUUCCUUAGGGAUUCCAUAGUUGAGUUGUACUCCCUGAAUGUGCAAAAAUCAUCUGCCAAGGUCCUUGCUUCUAUAAGUCAACUUGCCAAGAUGUUGCAGUGGGCUUUGCAAACAAAGAAGAAGGAAGCUGUAAAGAAGAUAUGCAGUUGGGAGUAUGUAAACUGUAUUGAUCUGUGGGUGAGGUUCAUAUCAGCCAAUAUACAUGAUUAUGACCUUCAGCCAUUGAUGUUUAUGACCAUUCAGAUUAUAAAUGGUCUAGCUUACUUGUUUGCUGGUCCAAGAUAUUUCCCUCUAAGACUCAAGUGCAUUCAGUGGCUUAGUUUUCUUUCCAGUUCUAGUGGAUUUUUUAUUCCAGUUGCUUCAUUUGUGCUGGAUAUUUUGGAAUACAAGGUGGUUAAGGAGGGUGGAAGAUCACGGAAUACCUUCAACAUUACAUCAGUACUGAAGUUGCCAAAGUAUUACCUAAAAUCACAGAACUUCCAAGAAGAAUGCCUUCUUUCAGUCCUUGAACAGCUUUCUCUGCACUUUGCUCAGUGGAGUUACCACAUCUCUUUCCCUGAGCUAGCAGCUACUUCACUAAUUCGUUUGAGAAAGUUUCAUGAGAUUACCCUGGCUGAAAAUCUCCGGCGUAUGGUGAAGCAUUUUAUUGAUCAGGUGGAGCAGAAUGUGGACUUUGUACAGAGAAAAAGAGAUGAGGUGCCUUUUUCACCAAAUGAUUACCAAUCUGUAGACUCGUUUCUUCAGCUUGAAAAGCCCAGUCCCCAAGCUCCAUUUACUCAAUAUUACAAAGGUGUCCUGGAGAAGGCAUCUCAAAGGAGUUCGCGUGAAUGUGGAAAGACGAGUUUGCUAGAGCCGAGAAAAUCAAAGAGGAACAAAGCAGAGCAUAGAAAGGGAAUUGCUGCUGAGAAAAAUCACCCUGCAGUUGAAAAUGGAAUGGUUGGUUCAAAGCGGAAAAGAAAAACUGUCAAAGUACAAUAAUUAUGUAGUUUUUUUUUUCUUGAUAAUAUUGAGGAGGCUGGAAUUUCAAAUCAUUAUCCUUUUUUUAAACAAAAUUUUGGAACUCUAAUGACUGGUCAUGUAAUUUUAAGUUGGGACAUUUAAGUAGCACAGUUGGUUAUUGUGUGCUAUCUUUUAUGAGUCAAAUGUAGCAAGGAUGAAUCCUGAAUUAUAUAACAGUUUUUCUGUUAAUCUUUAAAUAGUUGUACUUCUCUUAUAUAUGAAAAAA